AGUCAGUUACCGUUCCACCUCACCGAGAAGAGCGAGAACAGCAGCGAGGCCCCUCGGCCUUAGGGCGACUCCUUGUCAUGCCAGUUCAACCUUAAAGGCUCUAGACCCUCGUGUUGCCCCGACUUGGUGCUUGGCUCCAACUCGUCUCUGGCUCGCCUCCGACCUGCAAAUUUUAGCCUCGACCUCGAUGACGAGCACUCAACCGCCGCGCUGCCCUGCACGCUGCCCUCUGCACGACUCAACUUUCAGCGCCAUCUAUUAGACUGUUCCAUGUGCUAAAGCCCAGCCCACUACCUUCUCAAUCCUCUGGGCCUUGUCAUCUACAUACACUCGACCUUUUCGCCCUCCGCUAACAUAUCUGGUCGCUCGCCUGGCAUCGUGGACCAUCACCACUUGGGUCACUUCUCCACCGUCUUAUCGCGCCCUUGGCUGUUCGGUCGCUCUCUAUGAAGACUUGAUUGGGAUCGAUUCUCGAAUCUGCAAUAGACAUCCAAAACCUGUUUCGGUGGCCACCACAAGAUGAACUGAGCCAUGGGGUGCUGCUCAUCAAGACCCUCUACCCCAGAAAAUGCCCAACAUAGCCGGCCCAACUCUGCGCCACAAGUGCGACAUGCGUCCCAGGAGAUAACCUCGCAGACGGCCAUCAACGGCGGCUCACAUGACGCAGAAGUUCGCACGUUUCCUCCUGCCUCGGGCCUCUCCAUCCAUCACAGUGAAACCUCCAGAUCUGCUCUUUCCACCCCUCGUCAGUCUACGCAUGCCCAUGGUAGGUCACGGCAAGACCAAAGGACGCCCUCGCUCGCCGAGCAUUACAAUCUCCCACUCCAACCACCCAAAGAAUGGAAGAGUUCAGGCAGAACCUGGACUCGGUCACAGCUGCAACGAGAAAGAUAUGAGUUCUUCGAGACAAGAGUGACAGGGAGAAGAGAAGUAUGGGACGGGUUGAAAUCGGUCCUUGAAUGCUUGCGGGAGGGCGAUCUGGCAGAUGCGCAGGGAAUUCUCGAUGCCUUGGGUGUCACACUCCCAACCGGCCGUAUCGAGGCCGGUAGUUACGAUGAAAUGGGCAAUCUCUACAAAAUCCCCGAAGCAGUGGUCUCCGACCCUGUCGAUGUUAUUGAAGAUGCCGAUGAAGACGGACAAACCGUCAUGGGGAGCAGUGAGGUCGAUGUCAUUGCUGCCAAACUAGAGGCUGCUGAGGGUGGAAAUGCCAGCCUAACCCAAGAAGACUCUAAUGGAGAAAAGGCCAAAGAAGCAAAGGGCAAAGCCGCGGUGGAAAAGGACGCAUUGAAAGUCAAAUGUCGUCUCAGCGACCGUGGUGGGCCCGAUGUGAUUGUGCCACUGGGUAGGAAUCAGCGAGUGGGUGCCUUGUCCCAAAGGAUCAGGGAUGAGACAGAUGUGAGUACCACGCCGGUUUCCCCCUUUGGCUGAGGUCUCAUACUAAUCGCCUGCAGGUUCCCCCCAAAGCCAAGAUCAAGAUCGCCUAUCUUGGCCGAAUAUUCGAUGACAAGCUGACCCUUCUGGAACAAGGCUGGAAGGAGGGCCAUGUCGUCAACGCCUUGAUAGUGGGGAGGCUGAACGGUUGAUGUCUGACUUGACAUUGACUAGGAGAGGCCAUGCAUAGGCUCGCGCCGCCUCCCAGGCGGAUAGCGAGCAUUUUGAACAGCAUUUACGACUUUCGACGGGCUUAGCGAGGUGUAUAUUGUGUUUCCAGGUUUUGAUGUACAAAGAGCUCUCAUCUUGUCAGAGGUCAGGUCAGGAGUGGGGUUCAACCCAUACGGCGUAAAGGUGGACAAGGUAUGGUCGGAAUAUUUCUCAGGCAGGACUCGACAGGCCUGCAAUGGUUUGAUGAAGCACAGACAACAUCCAUUGUAGCACGACUCCAGUGUUGAUUCGCCGCAGGUUAUACCCACUCUAGCUCUAUAUGCAGAUCUUCUGUCAAGCGAGGAGACCCUCUAUCAAUCUAUUUUCAAUGCUCACUUGGACCCUGGCGAUUGUGAUCUUGGCUCAUCAGCAUCUAUUGGGACCUAAGAUUUCUCUCACAGGGAGGAACCUUGUUACUAUUCAUGAUCCCACAAGCAUACCACCCAUGUCGCAGGGAGGGGCACUCACACGCAAACCAUAUGAAAGAAGAGCCGCACGCACUUGAAACAGACUUCGUAAACGAUUGGAGAGGAAUGUUUACAGAGUCAGCUGUUUCGGGAUAUUCUGAUGGAUCGAGAUGGUUGACUCAUUGACCAAUAACAAACCAUGUCGGCAAGGCCGAAAACGUUGACUUUUAGUAUAGUUGCUCCAAUAUAUCAGCAGCGCACGGAUCACUUGGUGCAUGGAUGUUGACAUGUCGAACUGUCACCCAAGAGGCAAAUACGACGAAAUCUCGACAUGUCAGCAUGUUUAAUAGUCUAAGUGCGGGCCUAAGAAAAGGGAAGGAACGGGCUUGUCUUGAAGACUGAGGGAAGGUGCGAUGGAAUUGACACACCUUUUAUCGUCGUCGAAGUUGAAGAAUUUUUCUCAUUCC